GCAGAAUUGUGGCUGACCACUCAGCUUGCCGUAGGCUGACAGCGUGCGCGUGGAAUGUUCGGCGGUCGUUUAUACCGCAAUGUAGCAAAGGACUUCAUCAGAGGUCUCAACUUUUGCAUCCCAUUUUUCGAUCGCAUAGCCUAUGUACAGUCCUUGAAAGAAGUAGCGAUCGAAAUCCCAGAUCAGUCGGCAAUUACUUCAGAUAAUGUGGUUCUGCACCUCAACGGCGUGCUGUUCCUCAAAGUUAAAGACCCCUAUUUGGCGUCUUACGGGGUGGCCGAGGCGGAUUUUGCCAUUACCCAGUUGGCACAAACCACAAUGCGUUCGGAAAUAGGAAAGAUCACACUCGACAAUGUGUUCAAGGAACGAGAAGCGCUCAAUCAUCAAAUUGUCCGCGUGUUGGGCAAAGCAGCUGAACCUUGGGGUAUCGAAUGCUUGCGGUACGAAAUUCGUGAUAUUCAGUUGCCUCAGAAGAUCAAGGAGGCUAUGCAAAUGCAAGUGGAAGCGGAACGGAGGAAACGGGCUGCAAUUUUGGAAUCCGAGGGUCAACGUGAGUCGGCGAUCAACAGAGCGGAGGGUAUGAAACGAAGUCAGGUGCUAGCUUCCGAAGGUGAACGGAUUCAGAUCACAAACAAAGCCACAGGUGAAGCUGAAGCCGUUCGUCGUUUGGCUGAAUCUCGAGCUGAGGCGGUUCGUCUGGUAGCGGCUGCCAUCGAGGAAAAGGGGAGGUCCCUCCUUUGGGGAGGGGCACCACAAAAUGGAUCAAAGUUGUCCUCUCAUGCGUGA